CAGUCGUUCGACAAUCUAGUCAUCUUCCGAACGAGUAAAAGAAAGCAGAUAUCUUUUUACCAUGGUGGCGAACUUCAAGGUCUACAAGAAGUGUUCGCCCAAUGGGAAGCUCGCGGUUUACUUGGGCAAACGCGAUUUUGUCGACUAUCUGUCUGGUAUCGAGCCGGUGGACGGGGUAGUCCUGAUUAAUCAGGACUACGUGGACAGCGGCAGGAAGGUAUGGUGCCAACUGGUAUGCAGUUUCCGGUACGGUCGCGAAGAGGACGAGGUAAUGGGCCUAAAUUUCCAAAAGGAUCUUUACCUGGCAUCGGAACAGAUCUUCCCGCAGAUUAAGAAGCCUGAGUCCAACCCCACCAAGUUACAGGACAGGUUGCUGAAGAAACUGGGCUCGAACGCGGUACCCUUCACCUUCACCUUUCCGCAGUGCUCGCCGUCCAGCGUGACCCUUCAGCCCGGGCCAAACGAGACCGGCGAGCCCUGCGGCGUCAGCUACUACGUGAAGGUCUACUGCGGCGAGACGGAAACCGAUGUGACCCACAAGCGCAGUACCAUCGCGAUGGGUGUCCGGAAAAUUCAGUACGCGCCCACUAAGCAGGGUCGCCAGCCUUGCACAGUGGUGCGCAAGGACUUCCUCUUAAGUCCGGGCGAGCUCGAGCUCGAGGUCACGUUGGACAAGCAGUUGUACCAUCACGACGAGACGAUAGUCGUCAACGUGUGCGUGCGCAACAACAGCAACAAGGUGGUGAAGAAGAUCAAGGCACUGGUGCAGCAAGGUAUCGACGUGGUGAUCUUCCAGAACGGCCAAUUCAGGACGGUGAUCGCCGCGGUCGAGACCCAAGACGGCUGCCCUAUCAACCCGGGAUCGAACCUGCAGAAGGUGCUUUACCUCAAGCCCGACAUGGAGAGUAACAAGUUCCGCCGUGGCAUCGCCUUGGACGGCAUGAUGAAGAGGGAGGAGAGCGAGCUCGCGUCCAGCACUCUGCUCACCUCGCCUGACGUGCGCGACUCCUUCGGCAUCAUCGUGUCCUACGCGGUCAAGGUCAAGCUUUACUUGGGCGCGUUGGGCGGCGAACUGACAGCCGAGUUGCCGUUUAUCCUCAUGAGAGCCAACCCGUCCGAGCGGGUCAAGCUCAUACCCACGGAUAGCGUGAUGAUCGAGGACAUCCCGCAGGAGAAAGAGGAAAAAGUCAGCUCUUAGAUUAACUGAGCUCUUAGAUUAACCGGGUUCUUAAGUGAACUAACUUGAUUCUCGAAGGACGUCCUCGGCUCCUCGUGACUUCGACUCGUUCCUAAUAUCAGACAGCACAAAUUACUAAAAGAUGUAUAAAAGUAAGUCACUAAAAAAAUGGGAUGUCUCUUGGAUGUCUUUUAGUAGGUUGUGCUGUCUAGGAUUCAUUGGUUCGUCUAUUGAACUUACUAUAGAUAGCGGUGAGGACCAGGAAUGUUCUCAAAGAUAUUCUGAAACUGUCUAACGGACGUCCACGUACGUCAGGCGUUUUUAAUAUAUCAUUGAUCGACCAUUUUCAAUAUUGUUCAACCUUUGCUGGUCUUGUCUUAUCAUUGUCUUGUCUUAUCAUUGUCAAAUCUCGAGAUAAUUCAUAGACUGGCCAACAAUGUUAGACCCAAAGAAAGACACGAGUUUCCACGUAAUCGAUCAACAAUGUGUGGUCUUUUAGGAUUUACCUGACGUUCUGUAUCGUUCGAAUGAACGUAGCGCUCCCGCAGUGCGAGAGAUGCGCUAAUUGGCGAAUUGAUUCGCAUCGGCUACACGAGAGGAGCACUGGACCAAUUAGUUAAUUAGUCUUAUACUUACGGACAUAGCGCUAGUUCGUUUAUAUAGUUAUAUAAUCGGUAUACUCGUACUUCUCAGGAAGAGCGAUUUAUUGCGGCGUGUAUCAAUCUCUUUGAUAUGUACGCGAAAUUCCCCAUGAAAUUCACAUUAUACUGUCCAGCAAUUUUAUCCUCUCGCUGAGAUUUAAAUUAUCGUACUCAACGUCCAGUGGCGGCUCUUACUAGCUUAUGUUUCUGACUAGUUGUUUAUCUUCAGAGCCUCUCAGUAUCUUUCUUGAAAUUCGCUAAAUCACGCGUAUUACCGAAGCCGCGCCAAUCCCCCACCGACGAGGUCCCCGCAGAUCGCACGUCACUUUCAUUUAACUAGGAAAUGCGCGGCACAAUUGUCACGUACAUCUGGUAAGAUCAAUAAAAGAUACCAAACGUA